AUGUUCACCCGGAUGCUGAAACUGAGGCUACUCAACGCAGUGGCCCCCGCGUACUUUUACACGGCGACAGCGGUCACCUUCAUCCUGCACUUCGGCUUCUUCAUUCCGACAAUCUUCCCCAGUCCGGCAACCUCGCCAGGAGGCUCCACGACGGUUCACGCCGUCAUUUUCCUUUUUCUGAUGUUCAACGCCCUGGGGAAUUAUACCAUGACUAUCCUGUAUCCUGCGGCGAGCGCUAACGAAACGACCGUCCCGGUGUGCUCGCCGCACUGCUCGGACAAAGUGGACGCGCAUUAUCUUCUGAACGGACGCCACUUCUGCAAACUGUGCAAAAAAGUGAUACUCAAACGGGAUCACCACUGCUUCUUCACUGGGAAUUGUAUCGGCAACAAAAACAUGCGCUACUUCAUCAUGUUUUGCGUCUAUACAUCGUGCAUUUGUUUGUAUUCGCUGGUUCUCGGCGUGGCCUUCCUCACGGUGGAGUACUCCAUCUCUUUUGAGAACCCGCUGACCUUCUUGACGCUUCUUCCACUCUCCGCUGGUUACUUCUUUACAGGUACAAUAUCCGGCCUGCAGCUUUUCCUGGUUCUGAUGCUGUAUGUGUGGCUGGGUAUCGGCCUGGUGUGCGCGGGAUUCUGCUGCCAGCAAGUGCUGCUGGUGGCCCGGGGCCAGACUUGGUGUCAGAUGCAGAGGGGGCAGCUGGUGGAGAACCGCAGCCCCUGGCGAAGCAACCUGACCGAUGUGUUCGGCACCAACUGGGCGCUGGGCCUCAUUCUGCCUGUGCACACAACGGAGAUGUGCUCGGAGGAACCACUCAAGCAAGACUGA